UUAUAAUUUAAUUAUAAUAUAAUUAUUACUUAUAAUUACAUAUAUUAUAUAUAAUAGAGUCAUGUUGACCUUUAUCAAGGAUGUGGUAAAAGUGCCUCUUUCCUCUAAUCUCUUUCAGUUUCUGUGAAGCAGGGCAGUAACCAAUGCUAUUUCUGAAUGGUCUAAAUAUACUACUGCAGUUUUGAAUCAUGGACCUCAAAGCUUAAAAAAAAGCCUGAACAACAUCAUGAAUUCACUCAUUUUUACCCUGAGAGUUAUUGCUGACAGUCAGCACCAUGAACACUGGAGAAGACAUUUAUACCGUGUUGGAAGUCCUCAUCGCCGUCUGCUGCUGUCUGGGAAACAUGUUGGUUGUCUUUGCUUUGUGGAAAACUAAAGGCAUCCAACAACCCACCUUCUGCCUUAUUGUGUCUCUGGCUGUGGCUGACUUUCUGGUGGGAUUUGUUGCCAUACCAAUGGCUGUGCUGGUGGAUGGAGUUCUGGAGACUUCUUUCCACACAUGCCUCUUCAUCAGCUGUGUACUCAUCCUCCUGACAUUAGUUUCAAUCCUGUGUCUGAUGGCUAUUGCUAUUGAUCGUUUCCUGCGGGUUUAUAUCCCUCUGAGAUACAAACGGACUGUAACCUGGAAACAUUCCUAUUCUGUGGCAGCUGUAUGCUGGCUUGUUGCAAUACCACUGAGUUUUACUCCAAUGUUUGGAUGGCAUAAAGACCCUCCUGACUCUGUUAAUUCUACAGUUGUUUGCCGGUUCAUAGGAGUGAUUCCCAUGUCCUACUUGGUUUACUUUAGUUUUUUUCUCUGCAACCUGACGCCUCUGUUAGUGAUGAUUGUUUUGUACAGCUAUAUAUUCUGUUUCAUUCAUGGAAGACUGAAAGAAAAACCAGGUAACGGUGCUCAAAAUCAGUCACACACAUACCUGCGGAAAGAAAAACAGCUUGCAUCGUCUCUGUCUCUGGUCUUGACUCUUUUUGUAGUCUGCUGGCUCCCUAUUCACAGUAUGAACAUCGUCGUUUACUUUCAUGGACCAGAUACUGUACCAUACAUAGCUUUCUAUGUUGGCAUUCUGCUUUCACAUGCUAAUUCAGCUGUCAACCCUGUAGUGUAUGCAUUUAAAAUAAAAAAGAUCAAGACAGCUUAUGUGAAGAUUUGGAGACAGUUUGUUCUGCGUUCAGCAGAAAAUCAAGGCCCUCCGUCGAGCCAGACAACAGAAAACGCCAGCAGUAACAUGAGAAGUGGUGAAAACGACACAACGCUGUUCUAACUUUUUCAGUCUUGCUUUGUGAUGCAUGUCACUGAAAUAUGGAUUUUAUGUCAAGACUUGAAAGAGCUGUAUAGGUUGCAUAGAAUCGUAGAAAAACUGCAGCUUUUGUUGUUGCUUUAUGUUUUCAUUUUCUUCAUUUUUGUGCAUUGGGUGAUCUUUGCUAAGUUGUGUAAAUAGCUUGGUGGUUUUUCUCGUAGUUCUGACUAUUUCCAAUUUAUUUGAAACAGGACAAGGAAACAAUGUCAGAUUUAAAUAGUCAUUGCUAUUUUUUAGAGCAAGGCUGAUAAAUCAACCUAUGAUGGUAUUAAUUUCUUCCUAAUUGUCAUGUUUUCAUAAAAUGUUUGUUUUUCAAAAGGAACUACUGUUUGUCUUUCUUUCUGACAGUGUAUUUGCAUCAACAUUAUGGAAAUGAUGUUGGGAUUUGUUUUUUGUAGAAAGGGGUGAACGACUUUCACUGAUGCUUUCACUGAUGCAUUUAUACAGUGAGUGGAGAGACAGCAGGAUUUGUAACACAUGCUGGACUUUUCUGAAAAGCAAUAUACAGUUUAUAAUCUUCAGAAGAUAGAAGGAUCUAAUGUGACUCUGAGUUGUGUGUUAUAAUACAUGCAGGAAUUUGCAUAAUUAUAUACUUGUUAAUUUAGCUACAGAUAUGACGCUUAGCCUUUUUGGACGAAGUGAGAAUAUAUUUGCAAAUCACAACACGACUACCGAUGGAAAUAAUUGGCAAGAUUGAUUUCAGAUAGGACAACAGACACAGAGUAUUUAAAGGUGUAAGAGGAGGAGUCAAAGUUAACCACUUGUUUUGCAUUCUGUAGUUAUCAUUUAUCAAGCAAACACACAAUUAACAGUACCUGUACAAAAUACUGGAAAUAUUGACUGUUCCAGAAUAUUGAAUGUUCAUUGAUUUUAAAUAUUCGAUGUUCAAAAUCAAUGCAACAAGUGUGUAUGGAAGUCUAAACCUCAGGUUCUGCCACAAGCAGGGGUCCAGAUCAUAGCAUCAUGUUACAUGAGCUGUAAUGUUGAUCUUGUCUAUGGAAGUUUUUAAACUUCCUCUCAGCUUCCCUGUCGAUACUCAACUCAAAUUAACUCAAUUCAACAAUACUUUAUUAAGCCCCAAAUUAAAUAUUGUUAAAUAUUGUUUUAACCCAUAGCUUAGUCUUUUUUUUGUUUUGUUUUUUUCAGACUUGUCAUUGAUGCUAAUGGUUUUGGGCAGGAAAAUAUCCUGUAGCAGUCAGUUUCACAGCAGAUCUGUAAAAAUCUCCACAUUUCAGUUUUGUGUUCUGGACUUGUUUGUGCCUUAUGGCCCCUUAUUCCCUGACAUUGGACAAAAUAGAAUUGUUAAGUGGAUUGUAUCAUUAUUGUUAUCAUGUUAUUGUUGUUAAUCUAUACAAGUCUCUUCCAAAUGAGAUAACGAGUCACAAGAUGUUCCUGUAAAAAUAAAUGAUAAUAGAAAUAUCUAAUAAUUUAGAUUUUUAAUUGCAGUUUUUUUUUUACAGUUUAAAAAAUAGCAUUAGCAAAAGCCAAUGGUAUUUUGGAAUAUGGUAAUAAUCCAAAUAUACUGCUUUAGUUUCAAAUUAUAGAUCUGAAACUAAAAGGCUGAGACCUUCCUCAAAGCUUCAAAAAGGCCUGAAAACCAUCAUGGCUGUUGCUGUUGAUCGUUUAAAACAGCUACCAAGCUGCCUUCAACUAUCAAGCUUUCCACUGAAAUGUAAUGUUUUUGCUUGUUUUUUCUCAUGCUCCUUUUAUUCAUAUAAAGCACUUUGAAUUACCCUGUUGCAGGAAAUGUGCCAUGCUAAUAAAUGAGCCUGCCCUACCUAGACUCCACAGUAAUGUAGCGAGAUUAUCAGGAUUUUGCUGAAAGCAGAACAAGUCAAGCAUCAUAGAAGAACUGGAGAAAGAGCAGAGUUGUUAAUAAUUUACAACUGCAUUUCUAAAGCAAGAUGUUGCCAUUUUCUUUUAUUUGCAUUCAAACUGGAAACAUUUAAAUAAAAGUUGUAGUUGAAGUCAUCGUCUGCAGUCACUUAAUGUGCAUACAAAUGCUUU